ACCAUAGAUGCAAAAGCCGAUCUUCAUAGAAGUGACAUAUUUAAUGUCAUUUAAAAGCGGUCAAGCUCCCAAAUGUCAUAUCAAAAAACAAAUAUUUUGAAACUCACAUUCCAUUUCAAGCCACCAUUCCAUCUCGAUUUAUGACAGCUCAAAACAUUUGAUAUUUUCGUAUACAAUUUACCAUAAGUCUAAAUAUAUUAAUUUACGGUGUUAUUUUCAAUACAAAAAUGUCUCGUUUAAAUGGAUGGAAGACAAACUUAAAAUAGAGUUAUUUUAGAACCGUUUAUGUUUAGACAAAUUAUAUUAAUUGUAAGUGGAGAAGGCUAGUAAGCGUCACGAUGUCUUUUAUAACAAAAAGAGAACGCGUAUUCCACGAUUUGGAGUUGUGUGACUUGCCUCCGAGAAAUGAAGGGAAGUUAAAGGCGUAUGCGUCUUGCACGGACGCCAGAGCAUGGUCACACUUCGGAUCCUCGAAGACGGAACACCUAACAGAGCUGAUAAAACGAAAUAACGAUCUAUCAGUACCAGUGAAGUAUGUGCCUACGAAAGUGAUUGUUGACACGCUCAUGGCAUCUAAGAACUUGGAGAUAGGAAGGCUAAAACGUAAGAUUGAGGAGUUCGAGCAAAUGUUAGCUGCUUAUGAUGAAUUGGAUCUAGAUUGUGCACAAAAAUGUGAAAUCGCAAAAGCACAUGCAGCUAUCAAAGAAGCUAAUAAGGACCUUGACGACUUGUGUUUGAACCUGGAUAUGUCAACGUAUACAGAUGGCUUCGAGACAGAGUCGUUUGAGACUGGGAAGUCUAAAAGCUCUAUUAAAUCGAAAGGAGCAGAAUCUGACCGAUCGCGUGGCGAUGCAUGGACUGUGAUGCUCGACAAAGAUUUGGCGACGCAAGGCAACCAGACGUCCCUAGUGUGCCCAUGCGACGUGAGCGUAUCUGUAGAAGACCCAAGGAUAGACGAAAUGAAAGAACAAAUUAUAUCGAAAGAUGCUAAGUUGAACGCUAUGCGUAAUUCAUUAGCGAUAAUGGAAAAUGAUAUCUGCGAGCCAUUUGGUAUUUAUGCGCAUAUCUACACGGCAUUAGAGAAAAUCUUCGGAGUUCUGUCCCAAAACUCUAAGUACAAACAAUAUCUUAACCUUAUGACAGCUGGCAAGGACAUUCGCUGCAUCGACAUAAAAGGGAAAAUACUGUUUAAGAUGAAGGUGCUUGAGAAGUUUUGCCUCGCGUUGAUUGCGCCGUGUUCGAAAGAAUUUCAAUGCACCAGCGGAAAAGACUGCCCUUGUUAUUACGCUGACGUUAGCACAAAAAUGGAAAGCUAUCGGCUAAUGCCAACUGAAUGCAUGAGUUCAGAUUCAACAAAAAGAUCCCAACUAGUAGCUGACAUUAUGGAGCAUGAAGAAAUGAAAGAAAUACUAAGCAAAGAAAGCACACCUGAUGAGGACGACGAUUAUGAUAGUGACACCGACAAACAGGUGUUCGACACAGCUUCUGUUAUUAAUGAAGAGAACCAAAAACGUAUUAAAGACCUUCAGGAAUGCUAUGAGGAUUUAUUGAACUGUUACGAAAAUUUUAAACAUGAAACUGAUUGCAUACGAGUACGAUGUGCAAAGUAUGAGGAUCUGGAAUUAGAACUGGAACGUUUACGAGGUCAAUUAAAGGAAUACAAUUCACUAUGGAAUGAGAAAGAACAUUACCGAAAACGAUCUGAAGAUCUAGAUAGCUUAAAACAACAAUAUAUAGUACUUGCAGAAGAAUCAUCUGGGUUAGAAACAAAAUUAAAGGCAGAGUCAGAAAUAAAUCAUAUAAAAGCUAAUGCGAUAGACGAACUGAGAACUCAAAACAUGUCACUCGAAAAAAGAUUAAAUGAAUUAUAUGUCUCAUUUGAAAAAGACAAAAAUGACCUACAAUGCCAACUACAGGAAUCUGAAUGUAAAUGUAUGUGCCAAGAUCAGCAGAUCAAAAGUUUAAGUUCACAAAUAGUGAAACUUCUUGAACAACAGCCUGAAAAUAUACCUCUUCAAGAUACUUCACUUUCUAAAGAAAACGAGUCAUUAAAAGAGCAACUAAAACAAUAUCAGGAAAUAGAAUACGAAUUUCAGGAUAAAAUGUCACGCAUUAACCAGUUGGAAGCGGAAAUCACAAAGUGGAGAGCCGCGUACGAAGACUUGUUUAAACAAAAUCAGCAAUAUGAAGGAUAUAUCGAUAGCUUUCAAAAGGAAAAAGAAAUACUUAUGAAAGAAAAUAGCGCAUUACGAGAGGAAAUUAAGGAUAAGUCCGAUGCUGUUGAAAAUCUCAUGGGAGUGAUUAAAAUUAAGUCUUUAGAAAUUCACAAAUUGACAGAUGAAAAUCAAAAUGUCUGCAGUCAACUUGAAUUAUUAGGUGAAAAAUAUAAAGAUCAUGUAAACUUAUCACGACGAGAGAGUCAUGAAUUUUUGAGAAAGGUUAAAGACUACGAUGACUUUGUCCAAAAACAAGAAGAUCUAUCAAAUGAUAUAGAAGAGAAAAUGCGUGAAUAUGAAUCCUUGAAAAUACUUUUGAAGGCAAAACUGGAAGAAAACGAAAAGCUUAAAAGCGACUUGAAUCGAUUGCAAAAUGAAGAUGCCUAUAAUAAAAAAUCCCUAGAAAUUUUUAAAAGAGAGAGCUCUUUAAUGGAGACAAAAUUAUCUGAACUAGAAGAUAUUUCUCAACAAUUUAUGAAUUUAAAAAAUGCUUUUGAACAAUUAAGUAAAGAGAAAAAUGGUCUGGAAAAAGAAUUAAGAAAAAAAGCUUCUCAACUUGAAAGUGCAAUAUACUCAAUAAAGCUGAAUAAAAAAGAAAGUGGUGAACUUUUAAAGCAAUCUGAAUCUAUCCAAGGCGAAUUAACAAGACUACAUUCGAACAACGAUUUAUUAAAACAGCAAAUAAAUCAUCUACAGGAUGAAAACAAGGCGUUGAAAACGGAAUGUGCAAGACUUUCUAAUCUUGAACACGAAUUAUCGGAUUUGAAGAAAGCCAUCGCUGAUUUAUUGAAAGAAAAGACAGAACUAGAGCAUAGUUUUAAAAUUAAAGAACAAGAACUGAACCAUAUGCACGAUAUAUUAGACCGUAAAAUAGAAGAAAACAAAUCGUUAAUGGAAGAGCUUGAUACUUUAAAAUCUCAUCACUUACAAGCAACUAAUAACAUAAGGACAUUGGCAAAUGAAAAUGAACUACAUCAAACUGAACUGGAUAGAUACAGGAGAGAAAGCUCAGUUUUAAUUGAAAAAUUGCAAUUUCACAACAAAUUAGAAAGCGAACUUCAAGAAUUGAAAACAGAUCAUGACGGGAUAAAAUUAGAAAAAGAAAGAUUGCAGAAGGAACUAGAUGCUCAGUUAUUAGAUUUUCAAAAAAUACAAGAAGAGAAGAGGGAGCUGCAGAACAGAACUGACGAUCUUUUGGCCCAUAACAAUGAUUUAGAGAAGGCGUUAGUCAACACACGGAAUCAGCUUAUGCAAUCGAGCCCCUCAGAAUAUAAACCACUAGCUGAUGUAACAAAAGAAAUCCAAAAAAUGAGAAUUGAAAAAAAUGAUGCCCAAAAGGAGAUUAGGGAGUUGCUGCAUAAAUUGGACGAAUCGGAACAAGUAAUUUUGAAUUUCGAAGAUGAGAUAAACGCGCGGGACCACAAGAUAGCGGCUAUGCAGAAUCAUAUCAACGCUUUGCAAGACGAAGUGCAAAAGCUGCAAUAUCUUCUAGAGCAAGCCCUUGAUGCUGGCAAUGACAUUAAAAACACAAAUCUUAGCAUCGAACAAGCACGCCAGCAGAUAGAGGCACAUCAUUCAAAAGCAUCGCACAAUUUGAAGUUGGAAUUAGCAGUCCUUCAGCAAAGUAAAUCAAAAUUAGAAGAUCAAUUAUCAAUUACAAAAUCACAGUAUGAACUAUCAUCUAAAAAUAAGCUAAGCUAUUUAUCUGAAAUUGAAGAUUUGAAAAAUGAUCGAGAAAUAAUAGUUACUGACAUUAAACAACUCGAAAUAUUUAGCGUUGGUGACAGUGAACUAAAUUCAGAUGAUUGUGAAAUAGAACGCAUUUUACAUUCGAUUGAUAGAAUUAGAAGAGCUUUCGAGGCAAGACAUGCAAAAACAUUAUCUUUAGAACAAACUUUAGCUAAAGUACAAGCUUCAUCGCAGUUGGUAUUAAACAAAGCCGACGAAACCAAAACAUAUUUCGAAAAUGAGAAGCAAAGGAUACUUAAUGAAAAAGAAGACGUACUAAAUGAAAAAAAUAGUUUGGAAAAACAAUUAAUUGACCUGAAAAAUGAAUUAAAUAAGCAAAUAUCGCUAGAUGGGGAUAUAAUCAAAGAUUUACGUGCUGAAAUUUCAAAUCAACAACUUAUUUUUGAUAAAAUUCAUGAAUCGACAGAAAAAUACAUUAUGACUCUACAAGACGAGAUUCAGUCUCUUAAAGAUUUGUAUCAGGUCGCUCAUUCUAAUAUAAGUGAAUUACAAGAAAAACUUAGCAAGAGUACGGCUGAGAAUGAUGAAAAGGACAGCAUUACACAAAAUCUUAUCGCUGAAUUAGAAAGCAAAACUAAAGAGAUUUCUGAAAUAAAAUUAAAUUUUGAUAGUUUGGCCAAAGACCAAUGCGCCAAGAAAGCCUCAGGAAAAAGAGACAUUUCAUCACAGACAGAUAAUGUUCAGCAUCACUCAUUCUUUGAUCUAACUGGUUCUACAACAAAAAGUUCAGAUGAAGUGGCUCAGUAUGAUCUAACAAAAAUAAAUAAACCUGGACAUAGAGAUUCUAUCAAACCAAUGUAUGACCUUUUACCUCAACAUAAACCACCAUUACUUAAUGAGGUCCAAAUAUUAGCAGCCGAAACCACGCCAACGUUUGAUUUUGUCAGGUCCAGUUAUUUAGAUUAUAAAAUGAAACGACUUGGACCAGGGUUAUUAGAACAUCAUUCGAUUCCUUCUCUAUCGGCAAGUACAUACAUAAGUUCAUACGUCGAUGAAUCACAUGAGAUGAGUAAUAAUUUAUCCGAGUCUAAUGAUUCUUAUAACUCAGAAGACAUGGGGACUGGCACGAGUAUUGAAGGUUUGGUUGAUAUCUAUCACAGUCCGUCGGAUGGUAUAAAAAAUUCAUCUAAAAUGAUUGGUAUCAGUAUUCGAAAACAAAAUUCAUUGGAAACUUACGGACAAACAAGUGAUGACGUUUAUCCAAAUAUGAAAAAUAAUAUUUCCAUUAGUGAUGUAAUUAAACCCACGGAAAAUUAUAGUGAGCGCCAAACAACAGCAAAAUCUCAAAAUGAAAAGCAUGUUGAAAUACCUGAAAAGAAAAGUGACGAUAGCGAUAGGAGACAUGUAAAAUCUAAUGUGAAAUUUGAGAAUAGUAGUACUAUUUCAUUACAUUCCAAUAAAAAAGAAACCGAUACAACAAAAUUAAAACUAAACAUAAAUUUACCUAGAGUAGGAGUUGAGAGCAAUUCAAAUGUAUUUACUACAGAUAAUGACAAUAAUUCUAUAGAUUCUUCUACUCUUGAUACUUACAGUGAUCCAAUACAGGAACCCCUAUCCGAUACAACGGUACAGAUUCCUUCGUCUAGCGAACGCGAUAAUAAAUCUGGAAAAAUAUCACUGCCAACGAUUUCAAAUGCUGAUGAUUUUUACAUGAAGUCACGUAGUUUCAUAGAAUUACCCUCCAAAGAUUCAUCAUCAAAUAAAUCCAGCAGCCCGUCAGACAGCAGAAUAUCGGCUGAUAAAACAAAUGAUACUCUAGGCCAAUUUAUUGUUUUUGAAGACCGCAAAGUAAGGGUGACAAAGCCACAACAAAUUUUCACGUUUGUGGAAAAACUACAAAAAUCUGGUUUCAAAAAGGAUGAAGCAUCAUUCCGUUUUGUUACCGAUGGUCAAAAUGACCCAAAAACUGGCAAAACUUCAGAACACAUUGUUAAACUAGAUGGUUUUGAUAAAUCUGACGAUAAUAUAGGCCUUGAUUUGUCAAAAUCAAAGCGAAGAGUCAAAACUAGUAAAGCAUCGCAGAAAGAAAUUGUAUAUGAUGAUCCUUUAGAAGGCUUAGUAUCCCGUGAAAGUAACAAAGAUUAUUUGGCAACUGAGAAGAAAACAAAAGAUCGCAUUAGCAAAUUGCCACAUCAAAAACUUGCACUAAGCGAAAAUGAUAAACCACGCCACAAGGGUCGCUUAGUACCCGAUAAGAAAACCAAAACAAAGAAUGGCUCUGAUGAUAGCAUUGAUUAUUUAAAAGAGAAAAAAAGUGAUAGUGAAAAAUCCCACCAGGAUGCCCUAGCACGUUUAGAAGCUGAUGUUUUUCUUAAAAUUUCAAAAAGUAGUUCUAACUUGUGUGACGAUGGUAAUAAUGAUAACAACGUGCAAGAAAGGCGGAGUGAUUUUGCACUUACGUAUAUUUUGAAUUCUUUGACGCCGGAUCCUGCAGAAAAUUCAGGUAACUAUUUAAUAUCAACUAUGAGUAACGAAAGAUAUGCCAAUGACAUGAUUCAACCAUGGACAGCGCUUAAUAAAAUCGAGAUUACUGGCGAAGCUAGAAAAAGUCGUCCAAAAUCUGUCGAUCAAAGCGUAAUGGUAAACUUAGAUACAAAUAAUAAAUUUUAUGAAGAAGUUAUAGCCGGUUUAAGGAAAUCUGUAGACGACGCAGAAAAAGACCAUAAAAUGCAGAUUGAAGCAAUAAAAAUACAGUACGAUAGGCACAUAAAAAAUAUAAUUAACGAGCACAAUCAGGGUGUUAUGAGUAUACAGAGUAUUCACGAAGAAACUUUGCGUGAUGUUGUGAGAGUUCAUGAAAAUGAAGUUGAAAAUUUAAGAACAAUGAGCAUAGAAGCAAUGCGCAAAACCGAAAAGCUUGAAAAAGAAUGUAUGUCACUUAAAUCGAAAAUGAGUCUCAAUAGUUCUUCAUUACUUGAUGAGAUACCAACUAAAUGCGAAGGUUUUCUUGAAGUCACAAAACCUAGGACAAAACAACAAUCUGACACAAAAGUGCUAACCAAGACCGCCCUUGAAGCAUUCGACGUGAAGCCUAAAAUGCGGGCAAUUGGUCCGUGCACCUGUUCCUUGGACAUCAACAUUUCGGACACGAUCCGGAACAUAUUCGAGCAAGUCGAUGUUGAGCAAAGGAAACUGGCUGAGACAACUUACCUGAAGUAUAUUGCUACGAAGAUCACAAACGGUCAUAUGGAGGCUCUGGAUACUCAAGAGUUGUCUUUCCUGCAUCUCAAAGUGUGUCGUAUUUGGAAGCAAAAGCUCAACAAGGAAGAAGCACUUCAGAAGAAACUUGACUCUUUAGAAGUUGAGUUAAUUAAGAAACAAAAAUUUGCUCAACAACAUAUGGCGGAAUUAGAUCGUAAAGUGGCCCUAGAGAAGCGGCGCCUCGAAGAAGUGAGAGAAGCAGUAUGCAGAAGCACGCCUGCUACUUUGUCCGAGGUCAAGCCGCUGCCAAUACGAAAGACUCCAGAGAACAAUUGCAGUUGUCCCUGUAACGUUGAGCACCAGGCGGUGGCAGAGCGGCGGUCGACUGGAGACCUCGUGAGCGCAGCAACCGCGGUACCACGGACAAGAAGGAAGGAGCAUAAGGGAGCAAUGUUAAGAACGGACGCCGAGGAGAGGCGAGACCGGAGACUGUACACGGACGAACCACCCACGAGACUGCGUCGGCAGCACGACCGGCCGCCGCGGUUGACGAAGAAGUAACCAUACUUUGAUAUCAUACCUACUGCCCUGCUAGCGGAAAAGAUAGGCCAAGAGAAAAUAUUUUCAUAAGUUCUAAACAAACAACAAACAUAUAAUAUGCUAAAAUUAAGAUCGAGUGCGGAAAAUAAAAAAGAGAGCUGGUAUACAACUUACAUUAUUGUGGCAAACACUGUUAAUGAUAAAAUGACCGUAAUUUCUCGCUUUAUUGUGUUUUCUACUAAUAAAUUGAUUUGCUAAACUAUAUUAGAGUUAGACCAAGAUAACUCUGCAACGCUUUUGAUAUCACAGACUGUGCAAGUGUUAUUCUAAACAUAAAACUUCUAUGGAAUUAUAACGUAUAAAUAACACUUGCACAGUUUCAAAUCAAAAUCGCUGCAGUGUUAUCUUGGUCUAAUUCUAAUCAUUUUACGGUUGCCGCAAUCUACUUUCACUUAACUUUUUAUAUUUUCUUUAGAUUCCACAUUUUGUUUUAUCGUAUUAUAAUCUGAAAUAUGAAAUUCUAUUGUCGUAAAGUCCUCAAAAUAUUUAACAGAAAAUAAAAUGGAACCAAAUAUUGGCACUGGAAUUUGGAAUGAUUCUUAUUUCAAAGAUAUAAAGAGCGCUAGUAUGGCAGUACCUCUAUUUGUAUCCGCUUUGCACUUUUACUAUCUCCUUGAAAAUGAUUCAAAUGUAAUCUCGAGUCCAUUUACAUUAUAACUAUAAUAAGCCUAUAUAAAUAUUUAUAUUUGAGACCUGAGGUAAUCAAAUAGAUAAGGAGUGAACCGUGAAGGUGGUAAAGAAACAGUGUUUGCACACUUCUGGAAACGAAUUUGACAAUAAAAACAAUUGUAAAUCUACUUAUUUUCGAUCAGGAAUAUCGCAAAAUUUCAAAAUACUGUUCGACAAUACAAUAAUGGCUGAAGGCGGUGUGAUAUAUUUUACAAAAUUAGAUAUUUUAUACGUGCGUUUUUAUUUGUAUAUUUUUAUAGUGGUGUGUUGUAUUUAUUAUGAACUGAGUAAUUAAGCAAGAAAUUUUAAAAGUAAAAGGAAAGCCUUUAAAAGCCAUAAA